AUGUUCGAGAGACACGCAGGAGACCGCUACCGCCUGCGCCUCCACCGCGCUCGCUCCGCCGUCCUUACCUCGGACGAAAUGGUCGAAGUACGCGCAGCCCAACGCACCUUUGAAGGCGCCUACGUCCGUACCGCUCUCUCUGCAUUCUCCUUCGCUCUUAUCGUGCUGAAAGUAUUCACCGCUGAAUUUUAUGGCAUCGGUGCUCUGUUCGCGGUGUAUGGAACGGGCGUGUUGAUUAUCAGUGCCUUUCGCCGGCAACAAGGGAAUAGACAGUUUUUCAAUGAGCUUGGAGAGGAUGGACUUCACAGGCGCAAGUUUAGGACGAGUGGGAAUGCGGUUGUGUUUUUGACGGCGUUGAGUGUGGCGGCGUAUGCGAGUUUGAUUGGGUUGACGUUGAAGCUGUAGUCAUCAGCCAGCUUCCGUGACUGUGAGCUGACAGUGUGAAGAGCUCGGGUUACUGCUCAGCUAUUGCCUGACUUUCCUCUCGUCGUUUGACACGACCGCGAAAAGCAAUCCCGAGCCAAGACCUUCCUGCAUCUCUUUCCAGCUAUCGAGCGGACAAUGCCACGCAUCCUCUCGCCAAGAAGGGCGGAAUACACAAAUGCCUGGAUAUUCUGUCAGCCCCGGUGGAAGGAAGGACAGCCAAGCCAUUCCGAUCUCCCCUAUCGGUGCCGGCCGGGUACACGAGGCUUGGAUUGAUCGACGUGAAUCGUGAGACUAUGUCGCGGCGGCAUGUCGUACGAGAUCUUGGCGUGUUCGACAGAAGGGGAGGAAACAUGUCCGCCAAGUUGAUGGGCAAAGAUCGGUGUCCGAG